AUGGAGAAAGAAGCCGAGCAGGUCCGUGUGCUUAACCGCGGCAUCCUUCGGUUCUACCCAUCCCCUGGCACAGACAACGAAGCAGAUGCCUAUCGCACAACAUCGUUGGAUAAAACAAACCCACAAUGCGUCGCACACUCGAACAUAUUUGGCGUGACGGUCAUGGCCGUUCCAGGAGGCCUUGGCGUGACACGUUUUGCUACCUUGGAAGGUGCGACCAAGGACAGUGUGGAAAGGAAAGAAAGCAACCUCGACCCACUGGUUCCGAUGCCGUUUGACGCCCACGUGUCUCUGCCCACGACGCCGCAUGUGCUGUCUCUGUCCCCGUCCCAACGACUGUUGGCCGUUGCGUUCGACUCGUCUCUUGCCAUCUACGAACUCGCUCGUCUCGUUGUGGAUUCGAAAGCACUUCCUACAUGUCUCUGCAAUGGUGCCGACGUCUUGGCGUUGUCGUGGAGUGCCCAACUCGACAAUGCUGGGGACGACCAGUGGCUUGCAGUGCUCACGACCACUCGUCAAGUCCAUGUUUACACGAUCGAAGGCAACUUGGAGUGUCUCGAAGGCUCCAUCGAAGCCACGGCACAUUGCUGGAGCCCCAGCAAUAGCAUUCUUGCCGUCGGCGACGACGAAGGGGUGAUUCAUCGCUUGACAUACCACGACGGAGCGUUCCAAAAACUCGACACACUGGUGAACCCCGACAACACCGAGAAUUCCGCAGUCCAUCACAUCAACUGGGCCGAAGCCGACCUCCUCCUUGCGGGCUACCGCCGCGGCGCCCUCGACGACGUGGAAGUGACGUCGUGCCUCUUUGAAGGCGGCAACCCCGUUCCAUUGGACCAACUCGUGGACUUCUUCCCCAACACCGACGCGCCGCGCGAACAUGCGUUCUACUCGUGCUACUUGGCGCCGUGGCGGAUGUUUUUCGUUGGGUGUUCAUUGAGCACUGACAUUGAGCUGCUUGUGAGCGACCCCGAAAGUGGUGACUGGCAAAAGUGGAAACCAGAGGAAAAGUACACCCCUCGUCUUCCCAUGAACGCAGCCGACGAGGACACAUACCCCGUGGGGAUGACGUUGAUCCUCAACUCGUCCAUCGACAUCGAAGGCAUCGACGACUUUAAGUAUGCGCCGUGUCCGUUGGUGCUGUGCGCCACGACGGAAGGGCUCGCGCUGAACUUUGCGUUGCUGGACAUCACGGUCGGCGAAGCGUUGGAGUUUGUGGCGCCGCCUGCGGUGCAACUGUCGCCGUGUACCCGCCCCACCGUGGCCGCGCCGUGGCUAACCUCACCGGUGGCUACUACCGCCACCCUUGGUUCCAAGGAACAAGGCGAAUCGGCCGGCCAGCAGCAGCAGCAGCGCGUGGUGUUUGAUGUGUCUGCCGCCGCCCCGUCGUUCACGUUUGACCCGACGACGAGUCGUUCAGACGCAUUUGGCCAAGACACGGACAACGUGUUCAACAGCGACGACGACAGUGAUGUGGACGACGACGAGGAGCGCGCGGAGGAAUUCGCAAAAGCGUCGGCGGCGUUCGAUGCCGUCGACACGGACGGCGUCGGCGCGAUUCCACUGGCGGACUUUGAAAAUUUGUUUGACGCGCUGGGCACGGUCUAUGCCGCCGACGCCCACACGCGGACGAUCCGGAAGCUCGACCGCCACGGCGAGGUCCGAAAAGAGGACUUUGUCGCGUGGUAUGUGGACUGGAUCAUGGCCGACAUUGACAGCGACGACGACACGGCGGACGAAGUCGGCGACGAAGCCGUGGACACGACCAUGAAGUCGGACGAAGACAUCCGAAAGGCCAUGGAGAAGUUUCGACGCCCUGAAGGCAGCUGGAAGUGCGACGAGUGCAUGGUGCUCAACCUCGUCGCAGGCGCGGCGGCGUGUGUAGCGUGUGAGUCGCCCAAUCCGACGGCGGCGGCGGCAUCAAAGGAGGACCACCCGCGCGCGGUUGGCUUUGGGGGGGCAAGCGGGGGGAUCAAGGGGAUUUCAUUUGGAGUGUCCACCCCUGCAACCACACCACCCCCUAAGCCCAAGGAGGCUACCCCUGCCACGUCGUCCGCACCAACGACGAAACAGUUUCAGUUUGGGGUAUCGACAACUGCUGCACCAGCUAAUGCCGCCGCCACGGCAACGAUGCCACCUACUACUUCCACCGGAGGGUUUAGUUUUGGAGUGCCUAGCACGACUAGUACUUCCACCACCGGGGGGUUUAGUUUUGGAGUGUCGAGCGCCACCACCACCACCACCACCCCAGCGACGCUAGACGGGACCAAGCAGCUGCCUACAACAUCGACAUCAGGCUUUAGCUUUGGCGUACCACCAUCGCCGCAAAAGCCAUCCACCAACGACAAGAAGAACGACGAAAAGACUUCGUAUGGCAACGACACGGACAAUGUGUUUACACACGACGACAGUGACGACGACGACGCCGAUCUAGAAGCUGAGAUGCAACAAGAGCAGGACAAGGCCUCAGACGCCUUUGACGAAGUGGACUCGACCCACACAGGACACAUCCCAGUGGACAAGUUUGAAUUGCUAUUUGACGCCCUUGGCACAGUCUACUCAGCGGACGAGCACAAGAAAACGCUGGCCAAGUUGACUCGAGAAGGCGGCGUGGUGUUCAAAAAGGACUUUGUGGCGUGGUAUGUCGAUUGGAUCUUUGCCGAGAUUCAAGACGACGACGAAAGCGACAAUGUGGCCGACGUCGACCCGCACGCCGCAAUGAAAUCUGAAGUUGACAUCGCCAAGGCGUUUGCCAAGUUCAAAGCCCCCGCUGGAAGUUGGAAAUGCUCAGCAUGCUUUGUCUCCAACCCAGACGAGCACGCGACGAAAUGCGUGGCGUGUACAACACCACGACAACCAACGAGUGAGCCUUCGAAAAACAAGGCGACAGUUGGGAGCGGUGGGUUUGGAGUGGCGGCGCCAUCGGCAACGUCUGGUGGAUUCGGCUUUGGUUCGUCAAGUGGCACGACCAAAACGAAUGCGUUCGACGCCAUCAGCUUCGGCGCUGGCAAUGCGUUUCCUGACGCCAAAGGAUUCAGUUUCCAACCCACAUCGACCAAAGCACCCGUGGCUCCGAAGGCCGCGUCUGCCUACCCCCCAGACACGACCUCCAAGCCAGCCGUUGCGUUUGGAUCUUCCCCCGCUUCGACCACGACCAGCGACACCCUCUGCACCAAAGGCCUCAUCUGCCUACCCCCCAGACACGAGCUCCAAACCAGCAUUUGCGUUUGGUUCUUCCGCUGCUCCAAAGGCCUCGUCAGCCUAUCCUCCUGA